GUCUGUCUGCCUGUCUGUCUGUCCGAUGUGCGACACUAGCAGUGACAGGAGGAACACCACGGACAGACAGUUUGCUUGGCUGCACGUCGGCACGAAUGGCAACGAGCUCCCGCUGAGAGGAGGAGGAGGAGGAGGAGGAGGAGGUGGAGGAAGAGGAGGCAGCAGAGCGCACAAGUGGCGCGUCGGAGGUUGGGUAGGUGGGCUGCGAGUAAAGCUCCGAGAAGCCGGGAUGGACGGCAAAGGCACUCUGAAGAUGUUCGCCAGGAAGAAACGGGAACUGAUUAAGACGCCAUCCAUCUCGAAGAAGAGCCGAGCAGGAAGCCCCGGGCCGCAGAGCAGCGCCCAGUCUCUGUCUAUCCUUCAGGAGCAGCCUCGUAAAGAUGGAGGCGUUGACAUCGGCCUCUCCUCUUCGCCUUCGUCCUCCUGUUCUUCCUCUUCAACUCUCACUCCGACUUCCGCAGGGCUGCUGGACCCGUCCCUGUCCUGCCCGGGGACCCCCAACGUCCAGCACGGCAAGCUGGCGGGGAUGCAAGGGGUGGGCUGCCCGUCUCCAGUGUCCACCCUGAAGAGGCCCACGGCGCUGAGCAGACACGCCAGCGCUGCAGGUUUCCCGCUCCAGUCCUGGGUGUUCACUAAAGGCCAGGGGAAAGGGGCCCUGACCCCGACGACCCCGUCUGAUGGUCCGGAGAGCACAGCCAUCGAGGUGGAGGACAUCCCCGCCCUGCUGAGGGACGUGGCGCGCUUCGCAGAGGCUGUGGAGAAACUGAAGGAUGUCGUGUUGGCAGAAGGUAAGGAGAAUCAGCGUCCCGUGGCUCACGAGUGUCUGGGGGAGGUCCUACGGGUGCUCCGUCAGGUCAUCAACACCUACCCUCUGCUCAACACCGUGGAGAUCCUCACUGCUGCCGGCAAGCUCAUAUCCAAGGUCAAAGGUUUCCACUAUGAGGCCUGUAACGAGGCAGAUAAAAAGGACUUUGAGAAGGCGAUUGAAACCAUUGCAGUUGCUUUUAGCAGCAAUGUGUCUGAACUGCUGAUGGGAGAGGUGGACAGCAGCACGUUGCUCUCUCAGCUGCCCACUGAGAAGAGCAGGUCGAUGGAGAACCUGUACGCUGCGACAGGACACGGAGCUGACGGACAUUACAGGAGCGACCUGCAGGACAUGGGCAGAGCCGAGGAAGUGGAUGUGAUCCUCCAGAACAGCGAGGGAGGGGUGGACUCCGCUCUGCUCUACGCCAAAACCAUCUCCAAGUACAUGAAGGACCUGAUGAGCUACGUGGAGAAGAGAAUCUCUCUGGAAACUGAGUUCUCCAAAGGCCUCCAGAGAUUGUACCAGUCCUGCAAACACAGCAUAACACACCCCCAAAUGCCCCUCUUCUCCAUCUACUCUCUGGCUCUGGAGCAGGACCAGGAGCAGAGUGUGGGGCUGCAGCAGGCCAGCACCACCCUGCACACCCAGACCUUCAUCCAGCCGCUGAUGCAGCGUAAACAGGAGCAUGAAAAGAGACGGAAGGAGAUCAAGGAGCACUGGAUUCGAGCCAAGAGAAAACUGAUGGAGUGUGAGGCGAACCUGCGGAAAGCCAAGCAAGUCUACAUGGUCCGCUGUGAGGAGUACGAAAAAGCCAAAACAGCAGCCUGCCGAGCUGAGGAGGAAGGAGGAGGAUCUACAGCGAAGUCUGUGGAGAAGAAGAAACGAGUGGAGGAAGAGGCUCGCAACAAGUCAGACGAGGCGGAGGCCACCUACCGGACGUGUAUAGCAGAUGCCACCACUCAGCAGCUGGAGCUGGAGCACACAAAGGUCACAGUGCUGAGACAACUGCAGGACGUCAUCAAGCAGAGCGACCAGACCCUCCGCUCGGCGACCAUCUCGUACUACCAGCUCAUGCACAUGCAGACGGUGGCCUUGCCGGUCCACUACCAGACUCUGUGUGAGAGCAGUAAGCUGUAUGACCCGGGUCAGCAGUACGCGGCCUACGUCAGAGACCUGCAGCUGCCGGAGCAGCCGAGUGUUCACUACGCAUUUGAGAACUACUGUCCCUCCAGCUCAUCGUCACACCAUGGCCACAGACCCAGAAACGACAGUUUCAACACAGAACAGACGAGCCAGACGGAAACAGCAACUGCAGAACACAGAGAAGCAGAGGCUCAGCGCAAGAGGCAGGGCCACAAGUCGUGGGGUUCGACUGUGAGCGAUGACAGCGUUGGAGGAGAGGGAGGCCUAGAGUCUCCUACUGCCAGCUCAAGUGACAUCAGUAAAAUUGUCCGCACAUCAUCCACUGGAACAAUGUCGUCCAAUGAGGACGCAGAUGAGAAAGACGGGAAUGUGAACUCAUUUGAAGCUCCAAACAUGAACGGCAUGGAUCCAGAUGUGGUGGUGUCCACCAGACCUUUCCGUAACAUCGGCCUGUCCAAAGCAGCCCAGACCCACCGACUGAGGAAGCUACGGACUCCUUCAAAGUGCCGCGAGUGCGACAGCUACGUUUACUUCCAGGGGGCCGAGUGCGAGGAGUGCUUCCUGGCGUGUCACAAGCGCUGCCUGGAGACUCUGGCCAUCCAAUGCGGCCACAAGAAGCUGCAGGGUCGUCUGCAGCUGUUCGGCAGGGACUUCUCUCAGGUGGCCAGCUGUGCCAGUGACGGCAUCCCCUUCAUCAUCACCAAGUGCAUCUCCGAGAUAGAGAGGCGGGCGCUCAAGAUGAAGGGCAUCUACCGGGUGAACGGGGUGAAGACGCGGGUGGAGAAGCUGUGUCAGGCCUUUGAGAAUGGCAAGGAGCUGGUGGAGCUGUCCCAGUGCUCACCACAUGACAUCAGCAACGUCCUCAAGCUUUACCUCAGACAGCUGCCAGAGCCCAUCAUGCUGUUCCGCCUGUACAACCAGCUGAUGGGUUUGGCGAAGGAGAGUCUGCAGGGCGAAGCGGAGACACCUGAGGGAGAGGAGGCGGAGUCGAACAGCAUCAACCACGCGGCGGGCAAGGGGUCGGAGCUGGUGGAUCUGGGCCCCGACACAGACCCAGAGGUCCUGGUUCUGGUGGAGAAGCUGAAGGCGCUCCUGAAGGAGUUGCCAAAGGCUAACGUCGCUACGCUGCGCUACAUAAUCCGCCACCUUCGGAGGAUUGCAGAGCUAGAGGAAGACAACAAGAUGAGUCCCAGUAACUUGGGUAUUGUGUUCGGUCCCUCCCUGAUGCGUCCCCGUCCAACCGGGGCCACGAUAUCGCUCUCCUCUCUGGUCGAUUACCCCCACCAGGCCCGCAUCGUGGAGUCCCUCAUCGUCUUCUACUCGACCAUCUUCCAGUCCAAAACCUCUCAGUCCCACAAAAUGGGUCGCUCUGCUUCCACCUCCACUCAGCAGAGUACUGCAGAUGACAAGAUAGGAAACUCGGCUGAUGCAGAGGAUGGAGGCAGCGAGGAGCCAAAUAUACCAGAAUCUGACAAGAUGGAGGAGGGAUGUGGAGGUUCUUUGGGGUCUCUGGGUUCUAGUGAGCAGCUCUCCGACUCGGAGGUGGACGAGAGCGGCCAGAGGACCGCAACUUCCCUCAUCCUGGUAAAGCAGGAGAGCGAGGUGAGCGUUGACGACGACCAGCUGAGCUACAGGGACAGUCUGGACCUGUCCGGCCAGUCCACGACCCAAACCGACCCGGAACAGGAUGCAGAUCAAGGCCCAGACGAAGCGGUGCCCCCCGCGGUGCCCCCGCGGUGCCCCCCGCUGCCGGACAGCGGGCCCCCACGCUGCCCCCGCGCUGCCGGACAGCGGGCCCCCACGCUGCCCCCGCGCUGCCGGACAGCGGGCCCCCAGAUGAAGACACAGCGGCGGAGCAGGACCUCAGCGCCUCUCUGGCCGAGCUCAACGUGAACCAGAACAACAACAACAACGACGACUACCAAUGCUCCCCCAUGUUGAGCUUGUCGAGGUUCCAACUGGCUCGUCUAUGUGGAAAG